UGUGACACUUGAAUGGAGGUAAAUAAUCACUCUGUGCUUCAAACAAAUUUGUAUUCGGGUGUAUAUUGCCAUGCCUAUGUGGUGCUAUUGUGUAUUAUGUCUUUUAGGAAAAUUGUUGUAGUUUUAGUCUGAUAUAGAAAUUGUGCUAGAUAUUAUGGACCUCUCAUUCACAGCUUCAUCAGAAGCAGGUAUGAGAACAGCCCUGAUUCCACCUUCAUCUGAGAUGGAUCCUGUGGCAGCCUCGUCCGAGGGUACAGACAAUCUUGCUAAUGGUGUCCUGGAAAUGAUAGAUGCAAGGCAGAAAAUGCAAAAGUUGAAUGAAGUAAAGGACAGACUGUCUCAGCUCAAGUCGUUAGUUCACAUGUAUGAGAGUACAGAAGGUGCAGCAGGCAACCUGGAGCAAUUGGAAAAUGAUGCUCAAACCUCUGUACCAGCUUAUAGUGACUAUGGUGCAGAAGCUGAAGUUUCAAGAGAUAGAUUGUAA